AUGUCGCUUGACCUGGCUCAUCCUUUUGUUGGGCAGGCAGCACCCCAGCACCCCAAAAUGUCUAUUCCUUAUAAGACAUUCCAGUUCUACCAAUUUAGCACCAAGAAACAAGAGGGCCAAGAAGAUGAUGGCUGCUCCAUCACUGAGGCUGUGAAGAUGCUGGACAACAAGCUCAGAGAUUACCAGGAACAAUUCAACACUACCCACCUGCUGGCCCUCUGUGACUAUUUCCACAACACUUUCAUCCACCACUACAAACUCUACCAGUAUGUCCUGUGUCAGGACCAGGAAGUCAAGCUGACCCUCACCCUUCUGGAGGUGUGCACACCACCCCAACCCCUCCCGCUGGCCCAGGGCAUGGACAGGGAUGUCUGGAAGCAUGAACAGCAGAUGGCUGAGCUCACGAUGGCUGAGGUGCAGAAACACACCAACAUGCUUCUUCUGAAGGAGGCACUAUGCCUGGAGCAGGAGCGCAUGCUUCAGAAGACUUUCCAGGACAUAAACGCACAGGGACGGGUGCUGAAGAGGGAGGAGUUAGAAAACCUCAUCCAUGAGGCCAUUCACAUACAGAUGGAAUGCCUGAAGGAGAUGCUGCAGUAUGAGAUACAGAUAACAUUUGAUAUUUUGGACUUAAAACUUCAAAAGAAGACUUUAAAUCUCAAUGCUCCCAUCACGUUCCCUCCCUCAGUCACUGGCCAGUCAGGCCAAGUUGAAUCUAUUAAGUCACACAAGGCAAGCAAAGAAAAGAAAGCAAAAGCCAAGAAGAAAUAG